AAGAGAGAAUCCACGCGUCGGCAAAUGAGCCACGCAGUCGAAUCUCGUUUGCAAUUUUCUGUGAACCUGCUGCACCAGAUCACUCUUCAUCCCUCAACAGUUCUUCGAGAAGGGGCAAUGGAAGCUGCAAUUUGCGGUCGAGUAUCUAUUUCACCCUACCAUUUCUUCAAUCCGACCAGGUCAGGGGAUAAAUACUAUUUUCAUAAACCAUGUAGACACCGGAGCAUCUUAAUGAUGUUAUCAGUUGCUGCGCUUGGAAGAGGUGGGGGGUUGUUGGACAAGCCAACAAUAGAGAAGACAACACCUGGCCGUGAAUCCGAGUUUGAUGUUAGAAAAUCAAGGAAAAUCGCUCCGCCGUACCAAGUGUUGCUACAUAAUGACAAUUACAACAAGCGGGAAUAUGUCGUGCAAGUUCUGAUGAAGGUGAUCCCUGGAAUGACCCUUGACAAUGCAGUCAACAUAAUGCAGGAGGCACAUCACAAUGGUAUGUCAGUGGUAAUUGUCUGCGCUCAAGUGGACGCAGAAGAUCACUGCAUGCAGCUACGAGGCAAUGGUCUUCAAAGUUCAAUCGAGCCUGCAAGUGAUGGUUGUUGAAUAGGAAACAGACCAUGUAAUGUACUCUUUUCACCCCUUAGUUAUCAGCCAUAUUAAAAUUGCAUGCCCUCAACUGCUACAAUUUGCAAGCUGCACCUAUGUACAUAUAUAGAGAUACUUCAUAAACAAAUAAACUUCAAUUUAUGAAUACCAUGUUCACUUUAGUUAUUUUAUGAGUUGUA